AUGAAGGGCAAAUGACACAGGAUGACAAGAGAGUGUAAUGUCAGGAGCAGUGACCUCUGUGAGAAGCACUCGACCACCACGUGACACACACCACGUGACACCACGUGACACACUCCACGUGACACCACGUGGCACAACCAAAAUGUCCAGGAAGGGGAUCUUCAAACUGCGCUCUAAAUCAACCAUAUCCCGAGACCAAGCUGCUAAGUGGGAGAAUAACUUUGACGCUCUUAUAAACGAUACCAAAGGAGUGCAGCUGUUCACUGAGUUUGCCAGGAAGCACCACGCAGCUGAGAACAUAGAGUUCUGGUUAGCAGUUAAAGAGUUCAGGAAGAAGCAGCUGCAGGGGGACCGGCUGAACGAAGCAUCUAGGAAGAUUUACAGGACUUUCGUGUCCCUGCAGGCUGAGAAACAGAUCAACAUAAACGACGUGAUACGGAAAGACAUCCAGAAGAACAUCCUGGCCCCCACCAUGACGAUAUUCAACGAGGCCCAAGACAAGAUCUACAUCCUGAUGAAGACGGACAUCUACCCUAGGUUUCUACGAGACGACUCUUAUCUCAGUUUAACGAGACCCACAAGUGAUAACUGAUAUAUCAGCAAGCAAUGGCACGCAGUCUCACAUUCUCACUCGGUUACAAAGCGCUACCUCCUGUAAUAAGCUCUCCUUUCAAAAUGCCUCUUAUUUGAUCUUAGCUUGCCUCAACUCACAGCCGCUAAAUAAUCUCAAGGGGUAUUGGCGUGCUCAGUCCAGGCUGCAGCUCUUAUCAAAUUCGUUGCGUUUUGAAGGGAGAUGACGGAAUGGGGGCACCCACAUUGGAACUCCAUAUUUGGAGCGUCUUUCAAACCCCUGGGUGUCUGAGCUGCGUCUAGCUGGUAACAAAUCUAACGGAGCCCGAGAUUGGCUGCAGUGGUAGCGAGGGAUACUACUACUAUAACUGGAGGAAUACUGAAUAGAAGGUCCUCCAGAGGUCCUCCAGAGGCCUCCAGUUUAUAUACAACAGCUGCUGAGAGCUGUGCGAAUAUAAUGUUCUGUGUGUACGGGUAGUGAUAGAAUAUAUGCGUUUUGUGUGUGUGUUCAGCUCCUCUUAUGCUAGUCAGAAGAAAAUAGAAUAAGCAUAUUUAUCUUUAUUUUUGGAAACUUUAUACGAUUUCGGAAACGGCCGCUAUUGAUUAUCGUUAAUCGUGCCCCAAUUAACGAUAAUACUGAGCCAAACCACUCGGAAAAAAUUAGUUAAUUGAUUGAUUACGUGCCGAUGUCACCCCAGUAAUUGUAAAUCAUGUUCAUGAUUAUUGUGCAUUGUGCAACAUAUUAGUGGAGAGUUUCUUUGAUUAAUAUAUAUAUAUAUACCGGCGUUGUCAUGGUAACGUGACCGGCGCGGUUGCCAUCAAAAUUUAAUUGUGAUUGGUUUUAUUUGUUAUACCUAUCGUGGUGGAGAGAACUUGUAUUUAUUUGUUUAUUGUGUAUUAUUUGGUAUAUUAUUAUACAAACUUUGCUUUUAUAAGUUG